CACCUUCCAGUGCACCCCAAAUGGCUCUGGUCCCCUUCAACUCUUGACCUCCGGCUCUGCACCCCACAUACCAACAUUUGUGAUGCAGUAUUAAGUAACAUAGGACAUAGACUGCAUGGAUCCUCACUACUGACUGGACAUGGCUGAAAGACUUAGGAAUUUUAUAUAGAGCAAAUCCCGUGGAAACAUUCCUGAAGAUUAAGAAGUCAAGCUUUAAAGGAAGCCAUGAAAUGCUUCAUUAAAACUGUAUUUUAAGUGAGCAGUGGUCACGAAAAGUAACAGAACAAUCUGCCCUCGGAGCAUUGCCACUGCAAAAUGCGCGCUGUGGGACAGCAAUGUCACGAGUGCCGUUUCCCAGACUCUGCAGUAUAAACUAAGCAGGUUUAUUCCUGGCCCCAUAUCCAGCUGUGCUACUCCAGCCCUGUCGUGUCCCAGCUCCGACCCUUGGCUGUGCCUGCAGUGCUGCUCCUGCACAGCCUGCGCUCCGGCACAGAUCUGCGGCUCAGCUCUUAAAAGCUGUUUCAUAAAUAUUCCAUGGCCUUUCAGCCCGGGUAAUGUGCCUCUGUGACAUUAAAGAGGAAACUCCGUGAAGGGGAGGGAUGACAACAAAUUUAUCCACCAAUAGCACACUCUUUUGGCACAAAAGCACAUUCUUAUCUUUACAUCCCAUAAUGAGAAGGCAGAGACGGGACUGUUGCUGCAGCUCUCUGGGUGGGUAGCCGUACCGUGGAAGAGCCGUGUGGCUGUAAAUCGUGAGAUAUUUUCCACCCCUGCCUCCUCCGGGAGAAGGACCCGCGCUGCUGUUUGCUCGCCGUGUUUUCCCAAGCCCCCGGUGAGGAAAGCUUCUCACACGAUGUCUGACUGCGAGGGACUGCCCGUGGAUGACAGUGCCUCUGCUGCAAGCAGUAUGGAGGUAACGGAUCGCAUUGCCUCUCUGGAGCAACGUGUCCAGAUGCAAGAAGAUGACAUCCAGCUGCUAAAAUCUGCCCUUGCUGAUGUGGUUCGACGCUUGAAUAUUACAGAGGAACAACAGGCCAUGCAAAACAAGAAAGGACCUACCAAAGAUCAGAGUAUGAUUAAAAAAGCUGCUGCUGAGGCUGGUAAACAUGUCAGUGCUGCUACCACAGCAAGACCGCUGGUACAAACCCUGCCUUUAAGGACUACUGUUAAUAAUGGAACUGUGUUACCAAAGAAACCAAGUGGCUCUUUACCUUCUCCAUCAGGAACCAGGAAAGAAACUGUAUCACCAGCAGCAAAAAGUACUGUGAAGAGAACCAGCUCUGCUGAGCGUGUGUCCCCAGGAGGCCGGAGGGAAAGCUAUGGAGAUUCCAAAGGGAGUCGCAACCGCACUGGAUCCACCAGCAGCUCAUCCAGUGGUAAAAAGAACAGUGAAAGCAAACCCAAGGAGCCAAUGUUCAGUGCAGGGAAGCGCCGUGUGACACACUGCAAAGAGGAAGGAUAUGUAAAAAUGUUUCUUCGUGGACGUCCUGUUACCAUGUACAUGCCCAAAGAGCAAGUGGAAUCUUACAAUUUGGAAGCAAAAGUAGAACUACCAGCCAAGAGGCUUAAACUGGAAUGGGUCUAUGGAUAUCGGGGCCGGGACUGUCGCAGUAACCUGUAUCUUCUUCCAACGGGUGAAACUGUGUAUUUCAUCGCAUCUGUAGUCGUGUUAUUCAACGUUGAAGAACAACUUCAGAGACAUUACACUGGUCAUAAUGAUGACGUGAAGUGCCUGGCUGUCCAUCCUGACAGGAUCACUAUUGCAACAGGUCAAGUUGCAGGUACAUCCAAGGAUGGAAAACAAUUACCACCACACGUACGUGUUUGGGACUCUGUAACUCUGAACACGCUGCAUGUCAUUGGAAUGGGUUUUUUUGACCGAGCUGUCACUUGCAUUGCUUUUUCUAAAUCUAAUGGAGGAAGCAGCCUUUGCUCAGUGGACGACUCAAAUGACCACGUGCUUUCUGUGUGGGACUGGCAGAAGGAAGAAAAGCUAGCAGAUGUGAAGUGCUCUAAUGAGGCUGUAUUUGCUGCGGAUUUUCACCCUACUGAUACAAAUAUAAUAGUUACUUGUGGAAAAUCACAUCUUUAUUUUUGGACGCUAGAAGGGAAUUCCCUUAUUAAAAAGCAAGGAUUAUUUGAGAAACAAGAGAAGCCAAAGUUUGUCCUGUGUGUGACCUUUUCUGAAAAUGGUGAUACUAUUACAGGAGACUCGAGUGGAAACAUUUUGAUUUGGGGGAAAGGCACCAACAGAAUAAGCCAUGCGGUUCAAGGGGCACAUGAGGGUGGAAUAUUUGCACUCUGCAUGCUGCGAGAUGGCACGCUAGUGUCAGGAGGAGGAAAAGACCGAAAGUUAAUAUCUUGGAAUGGAAAUUACCAAAAACUUCACAAAACUGAGAUUCCAGAGCAAUUUGGUCCAAUAAGAACAGUGGCUGAAGGAAAAGGUGAUGUUGUGCUAAUAGGAACUACCAGAAAUUUUGUCCUACAGGGGACACUGUCAGGAGACUUUUUCCCUAUAACCCAGGGUCACACUGAUGAGCUGUGGGGACUUGCAGUCCAUUCCUCUAAACCUCAGUUCUUCACUUGUGGACAUGACAAACACAUUACCCUCUGGGAUGCUACGACUCACCGUCCUAUCUGGAACAAGAUUAUAGAGGAUCCAGCACAGUCUUCAGGUUUUCAUCCUUCAGCAGCUGUUGUUGCAGUAGGGACGCUAACUGGAAGGUGGUUUGUGUUUGACACAGAAACAAAAGACUUGGUCACUGUACACACAGAUGGAAACGAACAGCUGUCAGUAAUGCGUUACUCACCAGAUGGGAAUUUCCUGGCAAUAGGUUCCCAUGACAACUCUAUUUAUAUAUAUGGUGUGAAUGAGAAUGGAAGAAAGUACACAAGAAUCGGCAAAUGUUCGGGUCAUUCCAGCUUCAUUACUCAUCUGGAUUGGUCUGUUAACUCACAAUAUCUUGUGUCUAAUUCGGGGGACUAUGAAAUCCUGUAUUGGAUCCCUUCUGCUUGUAAACAAGUAGUGAGUGUUGAAACAACAAGAGAUAUAGAAUGGGCCACGUACACCUGUACUUUAGGAUUCCAUGUUUUUGGUGUGUGGCCUGAAGGGUCGGAUGGAACAGAUAUCAAUGCUGUUUGCCGUUCACAUGGGAGAAAACUGCUGUCAACUGGGGAUGAUUUUGGCAAAGUGCAUCUCUUCUCAUAUCCAUGUUCACAGUUUAGGGCUCCCAGCCAUGUGUAUGGUGGACACAGUAGUCAUGUAACUAACGUAGACUUUCUCUGUGAAGAUACCCAUCUCAUCUCCACAGGUGGAAAAGAUACAAGUAUUAUGCAGUGGCGAGUCAUAUAGAAGAAACAUCUUUGUGAACGUGCACAGUUGAGUCGGCCAUGCACAGAACUUCUGUAUAAACUGUAUAUUUAAAACUUAACAGUAUGUUUGCAGUUUAGCCUGGUCACUGUGAUUUUUGUUUAAAAAAUUCUUACAAACCUCAGGAAAAUUAAGCCCUGUGCUGGUUACUUUACUCAGUUUAGUGAUUUUUUUCAUUGUUGUCACACCUUAAGAAUGAUUGUUUUUCUUUUGUGUACAAUAUACAAUGCAGUACAAGUUCAAUAUUGAAAUGUGGCUUGACAGUUUGCAAUGCAGUGGUAUCAGCGGAAUGUGACUAUCUUAAAUGUUAUCUAUAAACACUGCUAAAAUGGUCACAAAAAUGCCUUUCAAAAACUGUAUAUAUGUGCUUACUUGUUUCACUAUCUACACUUUGUACUGUAUAUCUACUUAUUUAGAAAAAUCUUUGGCGAUGUCAAGGUACUGAAUUGCUUCUGGUAGAGGAUGAGGAGUCGAUACAAAAAGCAUAAAGGAGAUGCAAGCAGUAGUGUUCUGGAUCUGCAAAUGUGAAUGCUGGCAAAUGUACGUUCUCUUGGGAGUAGCACACUUUGAGUACCACCUGUGAAGAGUUAUAUUCCUUUUCAGAGGAGUGGAGCAGCAGGUAUGAUGAGCUGACUAUCUCAGCAGGGUUUACAGAUGGCCUUUGUGGUUCAGGUAUUCCGGAGAAGUUUCAAUUAAAAAUCUUUUUACUUGUAUAUGACAAAUUUCUUUUUGCAAACGAAACAAAAAGCUUGACCACAUCCCCAUUAUUGGUUGAUAUAUUUAACUAAUAUGUAUAUUAAUCAGCAUGAUGCUAUAUUGUACAUGUAUAAGAUUUUAGCAGUUCAUAACAAAUGGUAAGGCAAUCCAGCUUUACUUUUUUAUGCUUAUGGAUAUUGUAUAUUUGUAUUUUAAGACCAAGUAGACCAAGUCUAAAGAUAUCUUUUUAAGUGUACCAUAAACCUGCAUAGGGUAAAGGAAGUCUUCAAACCUACAUGAAAUAUUAAUGUGUAACUUCUGGCCCCUGUGUUUUGUGCAUGGAUGGAUAUUUAUAGUACGAAAUAAGAUUGUGUUUUGCAAUGAAGUAAUAGUGGAGGUGGUAUCAAAUGGUUAAGAAGGCCUUAUCAAUGGUGAUUGUGACACAGAUUGAAAUGUAUUGUUUACUUUGGGGAAUGUAUCUGAAGAAUUUUAAGAGAGAGGAGUCUUCAGUGGACUCGAAAAAGAUAUUAAAAUUUUGCUCGUAAUGGACGCGUUAAUUCUCUGAACUCUAAAGCACUGGUUGUUUAGAGUGAUUUAAAUGAAAUGGAAUCAAUAAAUUUUGAAGCUUUUUUUUAUUACAUCUCCAACCUCCUACACUGAAAGUGCAGGACACCAAUAAACAUGUAUUAAAAUGAAUUUUCAACUGUAUUCUUACUGUGUAGUACAAUAUAUUUGCUUAACAUUAAAUGCUAGAAGAGACUUUUAUCUAAUAAUGUACACUUGUGAAUUUAAGAUUAGAGUAGUUUUUGGAAGUAUUUGGGAAUAAAAUAUUCUGACAUGUAA